GGUCGAGCGUGUGUGUAUGCUCGCUCUUCGCGACACGAACGAGCGAAAGAGCAUGCACGCAUGCACGCCUUACAAUGAUACAUUCUUUCGCGGUGAUAUCGCGCAACGGGUGUCCGCGAUUAGCCUUGCCUCGGAAAUUCCUGCGAAUUUAAGCACGGUUUAUCGUGCUGACGUUCGCGGACCGUUUCUGACGGCUGGCAUAGUCCGCGACCCGUCAAUCCGCGCGGCAGGAUCGAGUGUUACUUCCACGAAUGUCACAGAGCCGUCAACACCCGCUGACGGGACGAAGAGGAAGCAAGCGCGUAUCGCGGAAACCAAUCUCCUCGCGUUCCUUUGUAAGACGUAUACGCGAUCAAUUUGUUUCCGAUUCACCGAGAGCCCCUGGACCGCGACCGCGGACAGUAUUCUCGGGACGACGAUGUUUUUCUCGUCGUGACAAAGCGGUUAUUUGUGUGAAUGUGAGAAAAACGUCCAGAGUGGAAGAGAUAUUUUUAAAGUCGGCUGAAUCAACUCUGCAGCGAAACACACAUGUUUAUUUAUAUAUCGCGUUCAAUGAGCUGAAGUGAAAUUCUCUGCUGGCAGUAGAUUUUAUGACACAGCUUUCAUAGAAAAUGAUUGAAAAGUCAAUUAUACUUAUUGUUGCUUUUAUCCGUAUUCAAGCUUACGACAGACACAGUACUGGCCCAAUGCUGGCUGCUGGACUUGUAGUACUGAUGUGGUACUGGAUAACAAUAAAGGAUCAGUAUCGAAAGAAUAUUGGUGUUCUAACCAAUAUAAUGUUAUAACAAUGUUACAAUAAUGUUAUAACAAUGUUAUAACAAUGUUAUAACCACUAUUGGCGAUACAAAGUUUGUCAGUCAGAAUAAUAACAACAUUUUACCAAUGUUGGCCCAGUACUGGCUAGUACAACGACCAGGAGCAUAACUAUAUACUAACUCUGGAUCAGUAAUGGCAGCUUGAAUAUUAAUUCAAUUGAUUACGCUAUUAUAACAAGCCAUUCUAAUAACUGACUUCCUCCUACAUGAUUUGGUAUAAAACAGCUUUCUGGCUAAGAAAAAGCUUUGUGCAAUAGAUGAAAAUGAGACAGCUACAAUUGUAAACUAUUGCAAUAAAUAUGCUGAAAUACUCCGAAGACACGAGAAUAAUUACAAUACGCUGAGGAAGACCUUGGAUUUUUUGUCAGAACAAGGAAAUUGAGUUACUGCCUAUCAACAAAAGCACACCCACGCUUGUUACCUGUUCAGUGUAUGUCAUGAUAAUAAUUUUAAUGGCUGUCAGGUUUCAAUAAGCAGCUCGUACUAAGCACAUGAUAUUCAAAUAAAACGGCUCUCCUACAACUGCACAAAUACUCCAACUCUUAAUGAACAAAUCAGGAACAAGGACCUAUGAAAUUGACUGAAUCUACGUAAAUCUAAAGAGAAUGAAAUAAUUCUAAUAACUCUAUUUUAUUACACUAAUAAUUAUUAACCACAACGGUUGGAAUACUCUACGAUAUUCUGUCCUAAUAGAUCACAUUAUUCUAUAACGGACUUGAGGAAGACCUAAGAAUAAUUUGGAAGGGCUUUACAAUUUCUUAUUAAUAUGCUUUAUGACCAGAGAAGAUACUUGCAAAUUUUUAUUUUGUCAGAUUUAUUUUUAAAGCUUUGAGUGGAUAUAAAUAAUUAAAUAUUGAUUAACUCUUGAGAUUUAGCCAACUGGCAAGUGUAAACUUGGCAAGAGUAAACUGAAUAAUCCAAAAUUACGACAAGAAUAUAGUAUAAUCAAUGUGUGUAAAUAAACAUAAACACUGAUAUCAUACCAUUGCAAAAAGUUUGUGAAACAAAAUGUAUAAUAAUUAUUUUAAACGCUUAAAUGAGUGGUUGUAUAUAACGAGUAAGCAAAAAGAAGGGGAAACAACGUAUUUGAAAUACUGUAUAGAUGAUAGAGGAUAUAUUUGUUAAUCCUCUUAAGUACAAGGGUUAAAAAAUGGACAACAGUGCGUCUGGUGUAGUGCAAGUAUUUGUGGGUGAAUGGAGCCCUGAAUAUGAGGCACUGUCUAUUAAAGCCACGAAACAGACUUCAUCGGCCGAGAUAGUGGAAUGUAUUAUUGAAAGACUCAAGCUGGUUGACGCUUCUGUUUCGAAUGGCUAUGAAUUAGCAGAAGUAGUAGGAAAUUCUGUUGGGCAAGAAUGCAAGGAAAGGAGGCUUGGUCCUACUGAAUGUCCUGUGGCACUGAUGUUACUGUGGCCGAAAAAUGAUACUCAGCAGGAGUACUACAGAUUUUACUUACGAAAGAAGCAGCCAGAUUAUUUAUGGUCUGACAGUAGAUUUCCUAUGGAUCCUCAACUUCUAAAGGACUAUUUUAAUAGAUUCCUUUAUCAACCACGCGACAAGGAAUAUCCAGAUCUGUGUCAGCUUCCAGAUUUGAAUGAGCAAACGCUAUUGGAUAAUCUGAGGGCGAGGUUUCUGGCUGGCAAUAUAUACACUUACGUUGGCAGCAUACUGAUCGCCCUGAAUCCAUUCAAAUUUUAUCCUAUCUACAAUCCGAAAUAUGUAAAAUUGUAUCAAAACAGAAGAUUGGGGCCAGAUAUACCUCCGCAUAUAUUUGCCAUAGCCGAUGCAGCUUAUCAUUGUAUGCUUAAGGAAAAGAAGAAUCAGUGUAUCGUUAUUAGCGGGGAAAGCGGUUCUGGUAAAACGGAAUCAACGAAUUUCUUGUUGCAUCAUUUGACAGCACUCAGUCAAAAGGGUUCGCAUGGUAGCGGAGUGGAGCAGACGAUACUCAGUGCUGGGCCCGUUCUGGAAGCAUUUGGCAAUGCGAAAACGGCACACAACAAUAACAGCAGUCGUUUUGGCAAAUUUAUCCAAGUAAAUUACAAGGAAAAUGGAAUGGUCCACGGCGCCGUGGUUCAGAAAUACCUCCUGGAGAAAUCAAGGAUUGUCUCUCAAGGACGAAAUGAAAGGAAUUAUCACGUGUUUUAUUACCUGUUGGCCGGCGCGAGCGAGCAAGAAAAACAACUGUUACACCUGGAGAGCUGUGAUCGGUACAAUUACUUAAACAAAAGCGGUUGCUACGGAUUGGAGAAUAUUGACGAACGGCACGAAUUCUCGAGAUUAAAGCAAUCUAUGGAAAUGGUGGGCUUCACAGCGGAAAAACAAAGGCGGCUCUUCGCUGUUCUGUCAGCAGUCCUUUUGCUAGGUAACGUUGAGUUUCAACCAAGAAAGUCGUAUCACCAUCACGACGAAGCCGUAGGCGUUAAAAAUCCAGAAGUAGUAGCACUGAUAUCGGAACUUCUGCGAGUCAAGCAAGAAACUUUGUUGGCUGCGCUCACUGCUAAGCGUGCAAGAGCUUCUGGAGAGACUUUAGUUAUUAACUACAGACUUCCCGAAGCGAUUGCGGCACGUGAUGCCAUGGCGAAGUGUUUGUACGGAGCCCUAUUUGACUGGAUCGUGUUACAGGUGAACCACGCACUGCUUUCCAAAAAAGAUACCCUGAGAGAUCAUCAAGGCAAUAGUAUAGGUGUAUUAGAUAUAUUUGGCUUUGAGGAUUUCAAGACGUGCAACAGUUUCGAGCAACUAUGCAUCAAUUAUGCGAAUGAACAGCUACAGCAUUACUUUAAUCAACACGUUUUCCAAUACGAGCAACGAGAAUAUAGAAAGCAAGGAAUUAGAUGGACAGACAUAGGAUACAGUGACAACUCCGGUUGUCUCAAUCUCAUCGAAGGAAAACCCAACGGGCUCUUGUGUCUCCUCGACGAUCAAUGCAACUUUCCUGGCGCGACAAACGAGACGUUGCUACAGAAAUUUAACACUGUGCACAAAGAGAAUCUAUUCUACGAGGCGCCGCAGCGCCGAGAAGCGGCUUUUGUUGUACGUCAUUAUGCCGGCUCAGUUAAAUAUCAAGCUUCUAAUAUGAGAGAAAAGAAUCUAGACUUAAUGCGGCCCGACGGCGUAGUCGGGGUACUAAAAAAUUCUUCCCUUGCCUUUGUGCGGGAGUUGGUCGGCGCUGACCCGGUCGCCGUAUUCAGAUGGGCCAUAUUACGGGCCUUCUUUCGCGCUCAUUUUGCGUUUCAAGAAGCCGGUCGAGCGCACAGGCACGGUAGAGUUGAUGGAAACAAGACAUCAGUGCAAAACAGAUACAGGACACCCAACGAGAAUUUGAUAAGUUCGCACAAACAUACUCGUCCGCCAAGUUAUCAGAAGCAGCGCAGUGUGUGUUUAUCACCGGCCACUACUCCUCCUGCCACAUUAUCUUCCAUACAAAUCGAAAACAACGACAAUAUAAACAACAAUCGCCUAUCGUGGCCACAGUUUAGAAACAUUAAUCAGACGCAACACCCGUCAAACGCUACAUCGGCGAAGGGCGGUUACAUAGCACGGGGCAGGGAAGACCAGCCCCAUAGUAAUAAUAAAUUCAGACGAGAUACUCACACACCGCUAGAGAGGGUGCUUCCAAAAGACGAAGCAAACGUCAUGGAACGCGCUAAUCAAAUUGUCAUGAAAAAUAAAUCAUUCCGGCCAAGGGAACGCGGCAAGAAAGGUCUGAAAAAUCUGCAAACCGUGAAGACACUGGCUGGAAGAACCCAGAGUUACGGCACUGGGCCGGGGAAGGCCAGAAAACAACCUAUGACCGUGUCUGCGCAAUUUCAACAGAGUCUGCACAGUCUGAUGGACACUCUGAACCAGGCUAAUCCCUUCUUUAUUAGGUGCAUUAAGAGUAACGCCAAUAAAGUACCAAAUGAAUUCGACGAGGAAACUGUGCAGAGGCAGCUUCGUUACACGGGAAUGUUGGAAACUGUCAGGAUAAGGCAGGCUGGCUUUAACGUGCGAUUGACGUAUGAGGAAUUUAUACAGCUCUAUCGAAUGCUAUUGCCCAAGGGUCUUCUGAGCUCGCAGUCCGACGUGAGGGACUUUCUGCUGACGCUCAAUCUUAACAGGGACAAUUAUCAGCUGGGCACCACCAAGGUCUUUCUCAGAGAGUCCGAAAAAAUCAAACUGGAUAUCGAGCUCCAUCAGCAAAUCAUAACGAGCAUCACCACCAUACAGAAAUGGUUCCGCGCUUGUCUGGAGAGGAGAAAAUUCCUGAGACUGAAGAACGCGGUUGUGCAAAUACAGUCCUUCUGGAGAAUGGUGAACGCGCAGCGACUGGCUCAAGUUCUUCGUACGAGAACCGAAGCCGCGCUGCAUAUACAAACUGCUUGGAGGAUGUACAAGCAACACAGCUGGUACAAAAAGUUGAAAUCGUCUGUGAUUAUCUUCCAGGCGUACGUCAGAGGCAAUAUCGCGAGAAAGAAAUUUGAUGAAUUGAAAAAGCGGAAAAAACCUUUGCCGGAUAAAGUUCAGGAAGUCAAGGAAACUCCGGAAUACAAGGAGCUUAUAUAUGAUAAAAUAUGCGCCAAAGAUCGGGACAGUGAAGAGUUGUUCACGGAAGAUCGGAGUCUAACGGAAUACGGCGUAUCGCCUCUAAAAAUAGAAUCUCAAAAUCGGGUCACGCCAGUAAGGAGCGAUAACGCGCAUCGGGACAACGCUGUGGACAUAAGCAUCCCGUAUUCCAGACGAAAGCUCACACUCAACAAGCGAAUUUUGCACGAUGCGACGUUGAAGAACACAGAAACGUAUCAUCCCGACGAGAUCGCGGAGCGCAAAAGUAGCCUCGAAAGUUUAACGAGUCUGAGGAGUUACGAAUCUCAAGCUAGCGUCAAUAGUUCGGAGUCGCAGGACAAUUCCGUCUCGAAACCCGUCCCGAGCACAAGAACGAAGCGCACCGAUCAUUCGCCUGUGAUCAUGCCGAAUGUAAACCUGAUGAACGCGUCCAGCCGACUGUCCUCGGUGAGCCGGAGAACCGACAGCUCGUCGACGGGAUAUAGUGACGGUGAGACGGAAGGCGAGUCGCCGAGUGCCGUGCAAAGUGCACCGCCUGUUUUCAACACGAGUCCGCCGUACGUCGGUUCGCGCGACAUCAAGUAUCACACCACCAACGUAAACUUGACGCACAGUCCGAAUUCGGACAUCUGGCGUCGUAGAGCAGACUACUCGCCCGCUAAUUACAGCGAUUACUUUAUGUCGGUACCUCAAAAAGCGACCGUCACUCGUUCGCCGAACGUUUCCCACUACAAGCAUGUGCCGGAUAGCGUUUUCGAACAAAAUCAACAAGAGAUGCCUAACGAAGCGUCGAACUAUAAUGUGAAACUUGACGCCAGUAAUCGCUUUGCUCAGAUGGAAAGUUUGACAAGCCGACAGCAACGUAGGCGUAGCGAUAACAGCGUACCUGAUGAACGCUUGGAGAAUGUUCCGAUAUCGCCGGCGAAGCGAGAGCACGGACUUAUCAAGAAUGUGAAAGAUCUCAGUUAUUUACGGCGACAAAAUUCAGAAGGAGAUACUAGGAUAAAAAUCGUAGAUGAUAAUGUUAUGAAAAGCACAGUAUUGAGAGGUCCGUCUCCGAAGGAUAAGAAUUCACGAUCGAAAGAAAAAUACGAGCCGGACGUGCCGGUGAGGAGCGCUAGACGAAACAGGCCAUCGAGGGAGGUCCAAUGUCGAUCAAUGGGCGAAAGCGGAGUCGAGACGAACGCCGAAACGCGAAAUCUGCUUCUCGGCACGAUUAAGGAAAGCGAUUUAAAUAAGACGACGAACGUAUGGUCGCGAAAAGAUUAUCCGCACGAAACUACUUCUCGAUCCGUCACGGAUUGGCCCAUGAACAAGAAUGAAGCUACGCAUAAGGGGCAGCAGGCCGGUAAACGCAUGAGAUCCAACGCGAUAACGAGCCUGGAGCUGCGAAGAAGAAACUCCGAUCCAGCCACGAAGAUCUCGGGCCUGAAUGAGGAUAAAAUCGGAACAGAUACCAGUCCAAACGAUCUCAAACUUGCGCCCGGCAUGAAUCUUCUCGAGUGGAAGGGCAACAAUUUAUUCACCUUGGCCGGCCAUCGUUUCCGAAAAGUGGCGAGAUUCGCGAAGGACGACGUCUGCGUGUGUUGUCACGAGAAGAUGGACGCGUUCGUGACGCAGGGCUACAAAUGUGUCGAUUGCAAGCAGCUAUAUCACGUGAAAUGCAUACAAAACGGCGGAGUAUUGAAGAUGCCCUGCUUAUUAGCUAACACACCGAGCAGACGGAAAAAUCGAAAACCACCGCGCACGCCGUAUGACACUGCGAAGCAGACGGUCGCGUCCAAGUUUAGUCUGACCGGCACUUCGGCCUUCUCCGACAGCACAGACAAGAUCAUUUCCGACGCUAAGGAGUUGGCACUGAUGCAAGAUUUUAUCACCAAGAAAAUUUACGUAAUGGAGGGUCAGGGAGAAGGACGGAAGCCUAGCGAGGUGGACCGCGUUUUUAAGCAGGCUCUCAGGAAAUUUAAAGACGAUCUGGUGAUCACGUAUAGUGUCGCCAUACAGCAAGGCGUGGAGGGCAACAUCAAAUACACCGAUCUGAUCGCCAAUUUUCUUCACGUCAUGGAAACCGUAUGCAAGCAAGAGAAUACGAGGGAGGACUUCCCCGUGACAAUGGGCGUGAAUGCAUUCAGAGGUUUUAUGAAUGAAUUCAUGACGAUUGUUAGAACCGAAGCUCCUGAAAAACAAAGCAAGAGCAAGCGGAAGAAGGAGAAGAAACGAAAGCAGGAAGAGCCCAUACGACACGGCAAUCACACGUUCCAGUUGACGAUCAUCAACAUACCCACCGCUUGCGAGGUCUGCACGUCUUUCUUCAUGUGGCCCAUCGAGCGAGGACUGGUUUGUCAGAAUUGCAAAUUGACGUGUCACAAGAAGUGCUACACGAAAGCAGCGGCGGACUGUGGCAAAGACGGUGCGUCGUCCGAAAUAAACUCGCGCAAGGUGUUCGGUGUACCGCUGUACAAGCUCGAUUGCGGCGAUGGCAAGGUACCGCUCGUGGUGGAUCGACUGAUCACCACGAUCGAAAUGCACGGUCUUUACACCGAGGGUAUAUAUAGGAAGAGCGGUGUUAGUUCCAAAGUGCGGGAGCUCAAGGUGAAGAUGGACGAGGGCGAUUUGGAGAGGGUAGAUUUCGAGAACUAUCAAGUGCACGUUCUAGCGGCGGUACUGAAGAGCUUCUUCAGGGACAUGCCGGAGCCGCUGCUGACUUACGAAUAUUACGAUGACUUCUUGCACGCGGCGAAUUUGACAGAUCCGCACGACCGAAUCAGCACGCUCUUUGCCAUACUAAAGAAAUUACCGAAACCGAAUUACGAUCUGAUGGAACGCUUGAUCGUUCAUCUGGCGCGAGUGGCGCGACACGAGGUGGAUAACAGAAUGUCGCCGUCAGCUCUGGCGAUCGUUUUCGCGCCGUGCAUCCUCAGAACGAAUAGGACGCUGCCCGCGCAGGACUCUCUUCAAGACGUGGGCAGGCAGACGCGUUGCGUCGAGACAAUCGUGCAAGAGAAACUAAGAGUCGUUAGAGCAACGCUAGCGGACAUAAAUACUCUCGAAUCCGCCUGUCACACGGCGACUCAUCGACUCUCCAGUUUACGAUCGUCCAAGAUCUUCAGUCCGGAGGAGUUAAAUGUGGCCGCUGCGAGCGCUGCGGGACGGGCGGGCGGAAUGGAUCGUGACAGAGAUCGAGGAGACGAGGAAGAGGCGCUCCUCGUCGAUCACAUACAAGAGAUCCAAAAAGAGAAGGCCCUGUUAACGUCUACUCUGCCUAGCCUAACAAGAGCUUCCUCGGACGAUGAUCUACUCUUAUCGGCUACGGAUCUGGACGAUGGCUCCCUUGACGACCUUCUUCCCUCUGCGGACGGACUCGUAAGGAAAAAGCCCGUCCAAAGGCAAACUUCGUCAGACAAUUCGUUUCCAACGAUCAUCAAUAUGGACGACGACAUGGUAAUGGUAUGAACAUCAGCUGCGAAUAACUUUACGCACUCUCUUAAACGAUCACAUUAAUUCAACAGAUAAGUACGAUGUGUCGUGUUAGGGCGGCGAAGCAACGAUUUGAAUCGUUGCUUCUGUCAGCGAAUUAUUAGUAUUUUGAGAUUUCUUAGAACGCAAUUAUAGAUAGUUCUCGUAAUUUGUUGACUCCGUAAAAAAAAUUUAAAUGUGCGACUGAAAUAAUUUCAUCUUUCUGUUGAAGCCAAUAGAGAUAUUACAACACUAUUUCAUAUAGUGUACGAUAGGAGAGAACUGCACAACUUUUAAUUUUGCCACGUCAUUUUAUUCUCAAUGCAUUCCUCUUUUUGAAGACUGUCAAAGUAUUUAGGCGCAAAACGUUUCGUUCAUCUAUAUAGAUCCUAAAAGAAAUGUUAUUCGAUGCGCCGCUUUACACAUUUUAAAUGUAAGAAAUAAAAACACAAAACUAGAAAGUAUUUAAAAAAAAAAGUGUACUGCUCUAUAUAUAUAUAUUUUAAGAAAAUUCUGCUUGUCAAAGUGAUGAGGGAGUCAUAUCGAAUUACUUGUUUUAUAAAUUUUACGUUCAUAAAAAUGUAAUUUAUUGUUGCACCGUGUUGCAAUUCUCGGUAAACUUUUUUUUUUACAGAGAAUCUUUCUAACAUAUUCGUGUGUAGAUGCGCUGUUCCUUUAGAACUAUUCGUUUAGCAUUAGUAGAUCUGCUACUUGAAAAAAAAAAUCAUCUCUUCCCAAAGGAUCUACUUGUCACGUUCGAGUAGGAUCGAUAAUCGACUGCCUUAAAUUCCUGCGAGAUAAUUUUAUUGUAUUGCGUUAUGAUAUCCGACGAUACGAUAGUCGAUUGAAAGCGAUUAGGUUUAGACGCAGGAGUUUGAGGGACGGCCAAGAGAAAGAGGAAACCAAAACGUAGUUUGUAUAUAUUAUGCAUUUAACAAUUUCAUAAUAAUCUGUUAUUAUUGUUAAAUUUACGAGAGACGAUUUAGGGAGAAUCGACAAUGCGAAAGAAAAGGGGUGAAAGAGAUUUCGAUCUCGCGUAAUAGAAGUCUCUAUCCAAUAAGGAUAAUCAGAUCAGGUCCCCACUUACGUAUCGCGAACUUAAUUGAAUUCCCCUGCGAAUUAAUAGUUACGCUUGAUGAUGAUCCGAGAUAGAAUUGGUCAGUGAAUUGAAUCCGUCUCUUUUAUUUCUUUUCCCGGGCACUGAGUUGGUAACCGAAUAUAACGAUAUUUUCAACUACAGUUGGGAUACAAUAGAUGGAAAAUGUAUCAUUACGGGCACGAGGUUGACCUACAUAGAUCCUUUAUUCAUUAUUUCUGAUGUAUCAUGUUACUGUAGAGCACAUACAUCAUACAUUUUGUUGCGUCCAAUCACCAAAGACUCGUGCGCAGUUAUUUUUUCAUUCUUAUAUUUUUUUAUGUCAAUCCAAUAUUUUUUUACCUCGCGUACGUUACCCGCUUUUUAAUAUUGAAGCGUCCUAUAUUUUUAAUUGCCUCCGUGUAUACUUUGCAAGAAUGGAAUUUAUAUUUCCGUCCUUUUUCUCGAGUAGAUCGAUAGAUACGUUUGCGCGGCAGGUGAAUAUUUUAAGUUUCGUAUAUCGGCAAUCGAUGGUGAGGCAAAAACUUCCUUUUCCGUUCAAUUAAAUCCCGUCUUUGAGUACUGGACCACGCGCGACUUUUAUCCGGAUAACUUUUAGGAUUAAGUCAAAUAAUAAAGAAAAAAAAUAUAGAAAAGUGGGAAAAAAGACAAAAGAAAAAAAGAAAAUUGUUCGUUCUUCCAGAGAGUCUUUUCUUUCUCAGCUCGCGGAGUCCAUCCCCGCGUUUUACAUUCGUUUUUAAGAAUAAUCGGCUCGGCGAUGACGAGUAUCCAAAACGAUUAUCACGUCACAUCUCGCGAUCUUCGAUCGUUUUAGACGUUUCUAAGGAAGCGAGACGAGACUUGAAAUUGCCUUUUUACAAUUCGAUAAGUUUUACGAGAUGUAGCUAAGGUGAAUCGUUAUGAAAUCGUCUUCACUUUGCGUGGGAAGGGGAA